AGUAAUGGCUGUUUGUGUCGCUUUGAAGCGGUCAGGAUUGUGGCGCAGGUUUAUUGUGACCGCGGCUCGGUUUAGCCGCACUGAGCGGGUAUGUCCCUUGGAGGGUCUCUAAUAAUUUCUUGGCACAAGUAUCUUUCUAUGUAACUCUUCAACAGCCCAUUUUAUUUUAGAAAUCACUUUCUAAGGAUUCCUUUCUGAUAGCAAGAUGGCUCCUCAGUCACUUCUCAACUCAUGCUAUAUUGAAUUUUUUCAAUCGAGAAGCCAAGAUUCUGUACCAAAGUAAUGACUCUGCUCAAGACAUAAGGCUUUCUCAAAUGGAAACACUGAUGUUGCCUCCUGGAACAUUUCAGGGUAAAGUAGCCUUUAUCACUGGUGGAGGUACUGGACUCGGAAAGGGAAUGGCAACUGCCCUGUCCUCUUUGGGUGCUGAAUGUGUUAUUGCAAGUAGAAAACUAGAUGUUUUGAAGCAAACCGCAGAAGAAAUCUCUUUGCAAACUGGAAACAAGGUUCAUGCAAUUCAGUGUGAUGUGAGAGAUCCAAACGCUGUGAAAUCUACAGUGGAGCAAAUGUCUAAAAUGACAGGACUUCCUGAUGUUAUUAUCAAUAAUGCUGCUGGAAACUUCAUCUCGCCCUCGGAACGUCUUUCUGCUAAUGCUUUUAAAACUAUUGUAGAUAUUGUUCUUAAUGGUACUGCAUAUGUAACUCUAGAAAUUGGAAAAGAAUUGAUUAAAGCCAAAAAAGGUGCAUGUUUCCUGUCUAUUACUACCAUCUACGCAGAGACCGGAUCAGGAUUUGUCAUGCCCAGUGCCUCUGCAAAAGCUGGAGUGGAAGCUAUGAGCAAAUCACUUGCUGGUGAAUGGGGCCGAUAUGGUAUGAGGUUCAAUGUGAUUCAGCCCGGACCUAUUAAAACAAAGGGCGCCUUUAGCCGACUUGACCCAAGUGGUAUGUUUGAGAAAGAAAUGCUGAAAAGAAUUCCAAUGGGCCGCUUUGGUACAGUGAAUGAAAUUGCCAAUCUUGCUACCUACCUUUGCAGUGACUAUGCCAACUGGAUUUCAGGAGCAGUCAUACGCUUUGAUGGUGCUGAAUAUGUUUCCAUAGCUGGUGAAUUUAACAGUCUACAGAAGGUCACUAGUGAACAAUGGGAUAUGCUAGAGUCUCUGAUCAGGAAGACCAAAGGUUCCUAAGUAUGUCAUAAAUCUUGCAAACAGCUGAACAGAGUUUAAACAAAUGUUUGUCAAGUGUUUUUCACCAGGCAUCAUCUUAACUUUAUAAAGUAAAUAAGUUGAUUUGAUUUA